AUGCGCGUCACUUUCACACCAACACGUACACGGGCAUUUACUCGGCUGCCAAGCGCUGAGUCCCGCUCCCCAAGUCCUUUUGCAACUCCCCGGUCGUCCAUGAGUUGUACGACUCCGAUUUCUCCCGACUUUGCAGAGGAUUCAGAACCUCUUUUUAUAUCUAAGACACCAGAGUCCAUCUUUUUUCUUAAUAAAGAAAGGAUGUUGUCAUCAACUUAUUCCAGUCCUUCUUUGUCACCAGAAUUGGACUUUACUUGUGAAACCCCAUUCCUAUUACAGUACAUUAAACCACAUGAAGUGAAUGAAAUGAUAACUAAUAAUAAUAAUCUUACAUUCAUCGACUGUAGAUAUCCAUACGAAUACAACGCAGGUAAAGUCAUAAAUUCAGUUAAUAUCUGGAACGAAAAACUGUUGAAGGAAUACUUCCUCUUCCAAAGAAAUCAAACAAUUCAUAACACCGUUGUUUUCUAUUGUGAAUUCUCGGGACAAAGAGCACCAACCCUGGCUAAAAAAUUACACAGUAUGGAUAGAAAGACUAAUGGACCCAAUUUACUAUUUCCAGAUAUAUAUGUGGUGGACGGUGGGUUCUUAAGUUUGUUUGAUAAACUGAAACACCUCUGCGUUGGAUGCUAUCUGCCAAUGCUCGACCAAAAGUAUCAAAACGAAAUGAGGAAGUGUCAAACUAUUUCAAAUGCUAAUAAAAGAAAGAGACAACAAUUUAACUUUGCAAGCCUCUCAAUGUCUUAUAAUGUCCAAAACCCGCACGAUUCUUUUCAUUAA